AUGUUUUCAAUACUUCUCGGAUCUGCAAUCAGUGCUGAUUGCCAGAUAAUAGAGGAUGAUACUACGAUCACUUACAUCAGAUUAAGUAAUUCCCCUAUAAAUCAACCAAUUUGCUAUCAAUCUAAAAAUUCUAGAUUAUUUGCAUAUUUUGGUAUUGUAGAAGGAUAUGAAAUCACUUUCCAGGAGCUUGAUCAGAAUGAUCAGCCAACAGAGUCUUAUAAUUUCAAUGAAAAAACAGCCGCUUUCUUAUUCAAAAAUAAGGGCCGUGUAACAGUUACUCCAACACAAGAAAAGUCAACACUUCAAAUGGAUCUUAUGAUGACUAACUCGAUUUGCCAAGAUAAAAUUUAUUUGUCAAGAAAGAGCUUACAGAGAUUUCAAGUCAAGGAUGGGUCUAUAUUUAAGGCCAAAGAAAACAAAGAAGUAUGCAUUUUCCCCGGAGUCAAUCAAAAUGUUACGAUGAUUUCUAAUAUGAACUAUUCUUACGCAUAUGGCUCUAAAAUCACAGAAGUUACCAGCGAAACAGCAUCAGUACAAGACGUUCCGGCAACAUAUAUCAGAUACAUUUCAAAUGAUAUCGGAGAUCAACUCACAAUUUACUCUUCUAAAGUUCCUGAAGUAAGCUACUUCUCAGAUUUUAUUUCUUACGGACUUAACGGCUACGUUCCGCCACCUACUCCUACUCCAAAACCAACGCCUCAGCCAACAGAAGAUGUUCGUCCAGAACCAAUCGACCCAGAUACUCCACAUCCAACAAAGAACAAUAAUUCAAAGAUGAUAACAAGAAGAAUCGUAAUUGUUGGUGUUUGCGCCAUGAUUGCUUUGAUUGUUAUUAGUGUUAUCAUAUUUGUUUGUAUAACAAACGCACACAGACGUCUAAGAAAGGUUGAAGAGUCAACAAUGACUGCUAAGCUUUUGGCUUAA